AUGUCUCAGGCCCAGUUGAUGACCAGUGCUAUGUCUAAAGACCACCUGCGUACCCCAGAGAUGACGCUUCAGCCGCCUUCGGAGGCUGUACGACCAGAAAGUCUGUUAGUGGUUGCUGCGUUGGCUUUUGUGGGAUGUCAAAUUAUCCUCCUGGUCCGAAUACCAAUCCGAACCCAGAAACUGCGAGCACUGGAGCGAGCGCAUGGAUGCGGAAAGCUUCGCGACGAAAGCGAAGUCUUUCGAUAUGACUUCUUCGGUAUCAUGAAAGCAAUCACUUUAGCUUUCCACUUCCAGCAGCGAAUGUCACUUCCAUAUACAAACUCUCUGUUUCAGAGAUACGGCGAGACGUAUGCCUCAAACGUUGUUGGCUACCGAGUGAUCUUCACCUGCAACGCAGAAAACAUCAAGCAUAUGUUAUCCACAAGGUUUGCCGAUUUCGAUAGCUCUCCAUUGCGAAAGUCCUUGUUCGAGCCCAUCACACCACACGGCAUUUUUACUCUUGACGGCGCAGACUGGAAGAGAAGCCGGGAACAGUUGCGGACUCGGCUGUCAAACCUUCGCAAGGCGAUUGACCUGAGCCUCUGUGAACAGCAUUUCCAGAACUUUCUCCUGCAUGUCCCACCAAAUGAGUCUGUUCUCUCUCUCGGGGAGGCUGUGGAUGCCCUCAGCUUCCCGCAGUCGCCAGCGAAGAGGCAGUUUAUAGACGACCUUGAUCUGAUCAAAGACAGGAUUGUGCGAGACGGAUUUCGGGGUCCCUUCCAUCAUUUUGUGCCAAAGCGAGCAUUUAAUCAGGCUUGUCGGAGGGCACGAGAAUAUGUGAUGGCUUGUGCCACGCGGGAAAUCGACAGACGGGAAUAUCGUAGUGAUAAAAUCCGCGAUGAACACACUGAAGCUGACGCCGAUGUCAAGAUUGAAGAUAUCUCACAAUUCGCUGACCAGGCACUGAGUAUCCUGCUCGCAAAUGACAGCAUGAGCACCACUCUCUCGGGUCUUUUGUAUUGCUUAUCUCAGGACGAACGUGUAGUCCAUAAGCUCAGGGCAAGCAUCAUUGAUACCAUUGGGACUAGUCCGCCAACGUGGACUCAGCUGGGAGCGUUACACUAUGUACGCUGGGUACUCCAUGAAGCGAUGAGAGUUUUCCCAGCGGUUGUAUUCAAUGCAAGGGUAGCAAACAAACACACCACGAUGCCGAGUGGUGGAGGAGAUGAUGGUCAGUCACCAGUUCUGAUCAGAAAAGACGAUAUUGUAGUAUUUUCCACUUGGGCUCGGCAUCGCUUAGGGAAUGACUUUGGGGACAACCCCGAGGAGUUCUAUCCAGAACGUUGGGAGCAUCUAAGCAGUGAUAUGUCCGGCUUCAUUCCAUUCAACAAGGGCCCUAGGAUAUGCCCUGGUCAACAGUAUGCUAUGAUCGUGCUUACAUACAUUGUGGCUCGUAUCUUCCAGACAUUCUCGACUGUAUCCGAUUAUAACACCGGACAGUGGACAGAAAGAAUUAGCAUGACAUUUGAGAACGAGAAUGGAGUCCUGAUUGGACUAAGCUGA